AUGAAGUACGUUCAGCUUACAAUCGAGCUCAUCACCAAGGCCUUUGAGACAUUCUCCUCUAAGAAGGGAGUGGAGUUUAACAAGAAAGAUGCAAAUAAGAUCUUUAAGGCGCUUGAUGAGGAUGAGGAAGUAGAGAGAUACUACUUUUGUGGAGAAAAGUGCACCAAGUCCAAGCGCAAAUGCAUGAAGGAAGUUGAUGAUGAAGGCAUGCAUUGUUAUGUCCACGAUCCUGCGCGCAAUAACAACAACGCACCUGUCGACAAGCGUACUAAGUCUUCCAAGGCUUUAAAGAAGACACAUACUUCUAAGUUUGUGUCUUCCGAUGACGAUAUGACUUCCGAGGAUGAAGAACCAAAGAAGCGAAAGAGAAACAAGCAGGAGUCAUCGGAUGAAGAGCCGUCCGAUGAUGAUGAUGAAGAAGAUAUAAUUGCCGAAAAGAAUCUCUACAUUGCAUUGUGUCCACCUAAGCUCAUGGGCAAGAAUCUCCCUGCGCCAGAAAUAUCUGAGAAAGAGGCACGCAUAUUGGCCAAGAUGGGUCUUCAAGAGGCAACUUCAGCAGAUGUAGAAAAAAUAGAAGAGUCUUCUGCUGAUGAGAAUUCUGACGAUGAUACAGAUGAUGGUGAUACGUCUGAUAAUGCUGACUCUGAGGAUGAUUCCUCUAAAGAUAAAGACUCUGAUGAUGGCAAGUCCAAUAACAGACCUGAUGUAGAAUCUGGAGAUGAUACCUCUAAGGAUAACCCUGAUGAAAAACUAUCUCAUAAAAAGCCAUCUAAGGAUGAUGAGAAGAAGACUUCUCGAAAGAAAAGGCAUUCAGAGAUGCCCAAAAAUGCAGAGCCAUCUUCUAAUGCUAAGUACAUUGUCAAGCUAUGUGGAAAGAAUACAUACGUUGGCCUGUUUACGCUUGAUCAUCUGCGUGGCGGUGGUGAUGUUCCAGAGAUGGAUAUCUUGGAACGCUCCAUGCUUAGCAAGAUGAAACUUCAAGAAAUGUCUGAUGAAGAGAGAAAGAUGCUUUUCAACGAGGAGGUCGAAGUAGAAGAGGAACUACCAGUGGAAGGACCGACAGAUAUAUCCAAGAUGAAAUGGAAAAGGUUUCACAAGCAGCAAUUGGAGUAUUCCAAGAAUGUACUUGUAAAUGGAAAGCACAUUCUCAAGAUCCGCAAGCAAAACAUUGUAGUUGGCUUGGUGACUGAUGACCACAUUGGUGCAGAGAAUGUCGACUAUGAUAAUCUUAACCAAAAGGAAAAAGAAAAGAUCUUUGCUAUGGGCUUUAAGCCACAAUGGUCUAAGGAUAGGUCGACAGAGAAAGAUGAUGAGGUGCAAGAGUCGGAUGUUAAGAAAACUCUAGAAGAUGGUGGACCUAUGGAAAGCGAAAAUGUGAAUGCCUCAAGUGUUUACACUACAAAAGACCAUCAUGAUUUUCUGAAGGCAAUGGGAGAAGUAUAUAGCAAAAUAACAGCUAUCGAAGAAGAACUCCGCGAGGAAUACGUUUCGGCAGAUGAUUCGCCAGAGUAG